AUGACUACUACGGAACGCGGCUAUCACAACACAUCAUCGUCAUACGUCCUCCCCAAUGACGCCAUUGAGCAGGAUCGACUCGAUGCGCAAGCCGAUGCCAUUGUGGCCAUGAUUGGCGGUGCUCCGUUUUUGGCGUACAACCGUCAUCUCACAAACGUCUCCAAGGCAGUGGAUAUUGGCUGCGGAACCGGUGUUGCAACCAUUCAACUGGCUGCUCUGCUCCCCAGCGCAAACGUGGUCGGUAUUGACAUUACUCCUGUUCCCGCACCUGCACUUGCUGCUGCCUCGCCCAAACUGCAAUGGGAGACUGGGAAUAUUCUAGAUGUGGACAUGGAGAAGCAGACGGAGAGCCUCAGCCGCGGCGCAUUGGCACCAAACACUACUAGCUACUUCUUUGGACGCAUGUUGUUCAUGGGUAUCAGCGACUGGCGCAAGUACUUCCAGGUUGCUGGCCUCAUGCUUCAUGACCAAGGCAUCAUAGAGCACCAGGACCUGGAUUGGAAGUUCUAUCGUGUCGGCACAGACGAAUGUCUCAGCGAUAGCUGGAAAUGGUACGCCCGGCUCAUGGAAGCCGUCAAGAAGGCCGGUCUGUCUGAAUUUUCUGGAACCAAUGCGGCCUCUCUCAUGGAGACGGCUGGUCUGAAAGUUAUUGAAACUCGGAAGUUUGAGUUUUCGUUUGUCCCGUCGGCCAAGACUCCUAACAGUCAAGCAAUGGGUCGAUACGUGCAAGCAAAGCUGAUGGCGAACCAUCCAGAGCUGAUGCGAAAACUACUGGGGUCGCUGAACAUUGCCAAUAACGAAGUGGAACAGCUCAUCCGCGAUGCUUUGAGAGACCUGUCAUCUGAGGAAGGAAUUCAUCAGAAAUACACUGUCACUAUUGCAAAGAAAGCAUGA